GAAAUAAGAACAAACAAGGGAAUCGAACACUACCUUCUGUAGAGAAGUACCGAAAGUGCUUCACAGAGGGCAGCGCAUGAACGUCAAACGUUUCGAAUAGAAUUUAAGAGCAACACAACCUUUAUUUAUCGUUGAUCAUCUGUAACAUCGCAAUGGCUGCUACACAGAAGAGUCGCAGUGAUAUGAACCCAGAGGAGUUGGCUGCUCUUGAGAAGGAAGAAUUUGCCACAGGUCCAUUGCGAAUCUUGAAUGAAAGUGUCCAGAAUAACACACAGGUUUUGAUUAAUUGCCGAAACAACAAGAAACUUCUGGGUCGUGUGAAGGCUUUUGACAGGCAUUUUAACAUGGUAUUGGAACAAGUAACAGAAAUUUGGAUGGAACAGCCAAAGACUGCCAAAGGACAGAAAAAAUCCAAGCCUGUGAACCGUGAAAGAUACAUUCAGAAGAUGUUCCUAAGAGGGGACUCUGUCAUCAUUGUAGUCAAGAAUCCUCUUGGUAAUCAGUAGGAAAUUAUUCUAGUUUUCUUUAGGUUUUUAAUGUCAUUGUAGAGGAAGUAUCUUUAGAGUAUGUAAUUCCCAUUUCUCCAUUUAUGUUUUAUAAUAAAUUUAUUAUAAAUUGUA